AAAUUACAAUCCUCUAAAACAAAGUUGGCAACACUGAUGAGUAGCUUUGUUGCCUUUUUCAAAGCUUAUGUGAUAUUGUUAUUUGUUUGCGUUGAGUUACUAAAAAAAAACAAAUUAAUUAAAUUGUUGCAUGUUGUGGUACAAGAAAUAACAGUUAUUUACAAUGAACAAUUCUGCAGCCAAAGUGGGCGAAAUAUUUAGGGAAGCAGGAACGGCUUUUAACAAGCUUUCGGAGAUGACAAUGUUACUGCAUCCUAUGGGGGACUCUCAACCAGGUGGAAAAUGGACAGAAGAGGAAAUUGAAAUGCUUCGAGCCUGUGUGCAUCGAUUUGCUGUUGACUUAAAUAAGCUGAGUCAGCAUAUUAAAAACCGAACUGUAACUCAAAUCCGUACUACACUAAAGAAGAAAGCAUUUGAAGAUGCAGGUAUACCUGUGCGGCAGGUAAGCAGUACAAUCACAAGCAUUGGCCAGCUCCCACCUCGGGUAGCUUCGCCAUUAAGCGUGAUGACUCCGCAGUCAGUGAUAGGAAAGAACGCCGAGGUCACGUUGAAUAUGCUUAAUGCGUCGGAGAACGAAGUAGACGUGGAGGGUCUCACCAAUGACGUCAAGUUGGAGUUCGAGGCCGGCAGUGAAGAGGUGGCCACCUGAAAUUUGUUUAGUUUCACUUAUUUAUAAGAACAAUGAGGUACAAAGGCAAGUGACGUCAGACAUUUCGAAACCACUCCCACAUAAACCCUAAAAUUUGUGAAGUACCUAGAAUGCUUUAGUUGAUCAUUUGAUUUCAUUACGAAUGUUGUUACGUCACCUUAGUUACUAGAUAAAUUUUAUGUUAGACAACAUAUUUAUAUUUAAAAUUAGGACAUUAAUUUAAAAAUGUAAAACGUAGAGCCGCUGAGGUUCGACUCCGGCGUGAACGUGUUUGCUGAAAAUAGUGGAAUUAUUGUCUCGCAAAAUCGAAUUGAAAUAGACUCGUUUAGAAAACAUAUUGUGCAAAUGAAGGAGAGCGCCUCUAAUAAAAUCUGUGCAAAUAUAGCUGUGACGAUUUGUGCAUGCAAUCAAAUCUCACAACACUCGGAUUGUAGAAUAUACACGUUUUUAAAGGUGCCGGUUUUAGGAGCGACCUUGGAGACUUAUUAACAAAUUAGCCACUAUGCAGGAUGCUCUGUGGUAAAACAAACUAUUUUCGCUCCACUAAACUUUGUUCAUAACUACUAAAUUCCCCGUUUAGCAGAGGUUUUAAUUUUUUUUGAUAUCAAUAGAAAUCAAUUAUGGAUUAUUUAUUUAUUUUAAACGUAGUUAGAUAACUGAAUUAUAUGUAAUGAAGGUAACUAGGGAUGUUUCGGGAUAAACCUCGUUUUUCAAAAUAGUUUAAGUACAUUUUUCCACACAUACAUAACAAUAAUUAGUCUCGUCGUAUUUUAUCUCGUUAUUGGAAAUGUUUUGGAUACGAAGACGCACUUCAUGUACAGAGACUUUGUUAGGCUGAUGGUAGGAUACAAACUUUUUUAAGUCUAAAAUUGUGAUGAUGAGAUUAAGAUAAAAAUAUUGCAAUAAAAAAGAAACAAUUUAUCGAGAGAGUUCCAUAUUUAUCGUAGUCUUAAAACGUUCCUCCUAUGUUACCGUACAUAAAUAUCAUUUCAAUUUGUAGUCUAAUACUUGGGCCUGCCUCAAACAAACAGUCGAUAACUUAUUGAUAUAAGAUUAAACUUAGACCAUCUAAAAAGGACGCGCAUAGUGCGUAUCAACAUUAAUGAAAAAAUCCCACUUUCAGUGUCCCUAUUACAUUGAAAGUACAACACGCAUAGUCAGAUUAGUUUUGUGACGAUAUGUAUGCGCAUAUAAAUAAAUCUCCAACACUUAUCAGUUUUACGCACUGAAUCAAUCUAUAAAUUAUGUGUAGUUCGAUUACCGAAAGAUUGCGCGUACAACACAUUAUCAAGCUGUGAGCUUGUAGUUUCUAUGUACAGAACAAUAACUAAAGCCAUAAAAGCCAUGUUAAAAUAACUUAUUAAUAUAAAAUUGUUACUUUAUUACCUUAUGGGUUAGAUAAAGUAACAAUGAGAUGCAUUCUAAAUUGAUAUAUUCGAAAUUUUCAAGGUUGUCCCCAGUUUUCACGUGACUUUUUUGUGCUAAUAAUAUGACAGUGUCGAUUUAAAAAUAUCGAUAAAUAAAAAACGAUGUUUAAUACAUAGACUGUACCUUAUUAAAUUAAGACUUACAUAAUUGGUUUAUGACAAAACAGAAGUGUAAGACAAUUUUAAUAAUAAAACAUUUUUAUUAGCUUUAAGACUAACAGUCUUACUUAUAAAAAUUUCGCCGAGCUAUGCUUAGAAAAACAGAAAAUUACUCGCCCAGCUAUAAGUCAAAACCCGCCAUCUUCCCUCUUAAUAAGGUUUAAACUAGAAACCGGUCAUGCCUGACAGCUUUUUAGGCAAUUCUUAACUACUGAACACUAAAACAAGUAAGAAGUAAUUAAGUAAGACUGUAUAUCUAAAAGAUAACAUUGAUGAAGUCCCGUAAGUCAUUUCCAGAUAAAAAUAAUGUAGGUUUUAGAUUGUGAUUGGUCAAAAAAUAACCUUUCGAAAUGAAAAUCUCUGAAACAAUUUUUAAUAUGAUUAUUUUUUGCGGUAUCUUGUUUAUAUGUUGUCUAAAAGGUUAAAAGUUUAUCAUUUUUCAUGUUUUAUUUUACAUAAAUGUUGUUAUCAUUCACUCCAUCCACUUCGCUCACCAUAUGCAACACAACUACGUUUACAAAAUUGUCUCAGGAAUUAAUUAUUUAACAUUUUAGUUUAACUUAAAAAAAUAUAUUUCAUGACGAGACAAAACAAAAAUACUAUAUUGUAUAUUCUGCAUAUUAAUCGGCAUCAGCCACGAUACAAUUUUAGGGUUCCGUAUUUCAAAAGGAAUCCUUAUAGGAUACUCCGCUGUCCGUCUGUCUCUUGGUCAAUAUACUUUAUCUCAGGAACGCGUUGAGCUAUCAAGUUGAAAUUUAUCUCAAUUACUCAGGUCUACGAUCUCUUGUAGCAGUGAAACUUAUAAGUCAACAAGAAAAAAAAUUAUGCAGGUUUAUGUCGCAUAUUUUCGGUUUUACAAUGAAAUCAAACUCAACAUACUAAACCUAAACUUACGGCACGUCCCGUUGACCGAGAAUUAUGAUAUUUGGCAAGAAGAAAUGUCUUACAGCACAUAUGUGUAAAGGGAAAAUCUGGAAACUAUAAUAUAUAUCAACUUUAAUAACAAAUUCUAGGCUAGCUAGAUUCUACGGAACCUUCGGUGUGAGAGUCCAUUUGCAAUAGUGGCAAUUUACAAUUCAAGCAAUAUAGUCAUUCCUUUGUUUUAUCAAACUACAGUAGAUGAGGUGUUUGUUGUAUACUAAAAAGAAAAAAUGGUAGGCAAAGAAAAUUGUAUUCUUGCCACCUUCAUGUUCUUUGCAUUAAACGAGUUGAAUGAAAUCAUUAAUUGUCAAUACUAUCAUUUCUAUAAUAUAAAAAUGAAUCGCUGAAUGUCUUGCUAAGCGCAAAUCUCUAGAGCAGCUGAACCGAUUUCGCUAAUUCUUCUUUUAUAAUAUUCCUUAAAGUACGAGGAUGAUUCUUAAGGAGAGAAAAUUUUUAAAAAUUCCCUGAAAAAGUCUAAAAACAACACUUUUCUAUAUUCCCAUACGAAAUAUUCGUAAUAAUACUUAAAAGUCAAUUUGAACUUUAAUACCAUACCAUAAAGUUUAAGUGUUAGUGGAGGGGUUCCGGGAAGGCAAAACAAUUGAAUGACGUUAAAAUCGUAGAAAUAUGAUCGUAUUCAUCGUAUCAAUAUUUAUACGAUGCCAAGAAUUUGAAGUCUUUUAUAUACAUAAUUUUUAUUUAUUGACAUAUUGUAAUUGUUGCCUUUACAACUUUCUUUUUUCUUUUUUUAUCUUACUAGCUGACCCGGAGACCCGAAUAGCAGAAUAAGUAUUAAAAAAAAUCGACUGCUAGGUGGUACGAAGUUCGCCUGGUCAGCUAGUUUUCAAUAAAUACAAUGUUUUUUUAACUUCAAAGUAGAUUAACGAUUUUAUGUUGUGGUCCGCGGCACCAUACCUAAUACAUCUUUGUAGUCGAUACGUACAACGUUCAGUACAGCUGAUGUGAUAUAGGUCAAAAGUAUUCUUCCAAGUAAAACAAUGCUCUUUUUUGCAUUCGGUGAGCGACAUAUUGUAUAAUUAUUUUGAUAUUUUAUGUUUUUCACAAGUAGUUAUAUUUCAAUAUAGAAUAUAGUAUAACUAUAUAUAAAUUUUAAUAGUCAAUAUAGUUGGUAAAAAUUCGACGUAUUGUGUCUAAACUAGCAUAAAUAGAAUCGUAGUAUGAAAUAAUAAGCUUAAUGACCAUGAUUCAGAAUAUCAUUAAAAUAAUGAUAUCAAUUAGAAUCGGUUCACGGCUAUAUUUUUUUCUUAUUGCAUUUCUCUAGGAUUCAAAUUGUCUACAUACUAAACAUAAGAACCGUUUCAUCUAUUGAUAUUAUUUUACUGUUCCAAUUAGAAUAGAGAUACUACAUUAAGAAUUCUGUUUCGUCAUUAUUCACUUCCAUUAUAUAGGAAUAAAACACUUUUUGCACACACAGUAUGGAACACAGUAUCUUAUAACAUUUUUAAUGGUAAUUUAGAAUAGAUUUGAAUACAAUUUUGUAACUGCCAUUUGAAUAUGUAAAUACCAUUUCGUAAAACUCUUCCUAAUGAAGGCCUAUUGCUUGAUAUUUUAUUUGUCGUUAUCCAUUUAAACACAUUGUGGAAUAGUUAAGUUUCUCCAAUCGAUUUUACACCUAAUACGAUGACUGCGGCCCAUACACAUGUUGUGCGUUUAAGCGUGCAAAGCGAGUACGCCAGCCGUGUUAUAAAAAAACAUUUACCUGUGGGUGUGGCAACACUCAUAGCGUGUUAAAAUGAGCGCUACGGUAGCGUGGCAAAACACGUUCGCUUUGUUUAUCUACUCGUGUGGUGUUGGUUUUUUCGGAACCGCUGCAGUUUUACAAGCACUCAUGCUUGUUAAAUGCUGAGCCCCAAUAGAGAAAGGGAGGAAGGAAUGUAAAAUUUAACCAAAAAUUCGUGACAUUUUUGAGGUAGAGUUUCCAACGUAUAUUAGUAUGAGUUUCUAAUAUACGUUUGUAAAUCUUAUAAUCCGUUUAACUCAUGAGUAGGGCUGCCAUCCGUCCGGAAUUCCCCGGAUAUGUCUUACUUUUAUAAAGUGUCCGGAUAUAACGGACAUUUUUGUUGUCAGGGGAUAUCCAUUUUUAUUUUAUAGAUAAGCGAUAAAUUCAAAUAAAUCUUAGUAAAAAAAUCAUUCAUAAUAACCCGUAUGUAUAGAUGAUUCAAAAUUAAAAUGAUGUUUUUAUUUUUGUUGCAAAACAAUAUUUUUUCAUAGGUGUCCAGGGAAAAUCUUAUAUUAUAAUAAUAUAAUUAUUUUAUAUAUUUCGCCCAAAUGUUCGGGAUUUUGUGAUGACAGACCUACUCAUGAGGUGUGCGGAGUAUUCGUGGCAUGCGAAUUGUAUAAAACUUACAUGUGAAUUUCCUCAGUAACAGGCAGUAAUCGAUUGAUUGAUGAUUGAUACAUGAUAUAUUACAUUCAGUAAAGGUAAACAAAAAAAAUAUAGAUAUUAAGACAAAUUAUUGUUACAAUUUGUAGUGCAGAUCUUUUGUUUAUAAAGCACUGACUUUAUAAACAAAAGAUCUGGACUACAUCGCUACUGAUAGAAAACAGUUAUAUAAACACAUUUAAAAUAUAUUUAGUAAAUUAUAACUUUGUAAUCACUUGCAGCCUUAUUUAGAAACAUUUUUACGCGAGAGUUUGGAUUAUUCAUUGUUUGAGUAAUCAAUUAGUUAGUUUGAGAGAACGUUAGUUCUCCAUGUAAAUAUAUAAUCUAGAGAUAUAUAAAGAUUAAUAAACGAGAUGUUUAACGCUUUGUGUAGUCCGUAGUGUGCCAAAUAUACCGCUCAUAUGAUAUUGUGUAAAUGAUAUCUGAACUAACUUACUGAAUACCUUUGCACGGCCUGCUUCCUGAUGAGAUUUAGACUUUCUCUUCUCAAGUUAAUCGACCGGUAUCAGCAAGGUCAUGAUCACGAUGUGAAACCUUAGAAUCCAACCACAAGAUUCCAUUCCCAUUACACGUAAGCGUUAAAUCAUCUCUACCGGUGACUAUUGAAAUAUUGGAACAUUUUUCUGCAGCAAUUUGUAUGUUGUUCGAUAUUAUGAUCUGUCUAAUAAUAUUAUUUGCCUAAGACUAUUAAAUAUCAGAAGAAAUAGCAUAGAAUUUGCUAGGUUUGUAAUUGGUACGCUAUAGUAAAUUUAAAAUGUACUUGAAUAUUAGUGCCUUUACAGUAUAGUUCCGUAGCUUUGGCGAAGCUCGCAAGGGUGCAGUCGGAAGCGAAUCAAACCAUUAAAAAUUUAUGGCAAUUGUUUUAUUGGGACAAAUUCGGCGCGCAAAUGCGUUGAUCAGCCCAAGUCAAUGAACGGCCCAAUUGGUGGCAUCGGUGCAAUCUCAAGAAUAGAUAAUAAAAGAGACUUAUUCUGAGCGAUCCAUUUGUGCAUUCGAACCAAUUCACGCGAGAUAUGAAAAUUUCAGAGUUGCAAACCUUUAUAAUUUAUAAAAGCACCCAUGACGUGAUUGUGACACGGUGGCGGUCUUAAUGAAAGAACGCCGUAUCGAUAAAAGAAUUUGCUGUAUUUUUUUCACUGGCAGCAUGAAAAUAUUUUUGUAUUUUAAAAUAUUGUUAUUACGUAUUGCAUUCUAUUUUGUCUAUGGACCGGUGUGCAACUUGGCGCCAUAGGCAACAAAUGAACAUCCUGCUGUCCGACUCCUGCGCGCCGCCUGGCUUCGUCAUUGCCGCGAUAUUAUAUUAUACCUGACAUGCCUUGCAAAGGAAUUAUAUAAAACGCACAAACCUCAAGCAAUAAGAUAUCAAAGAGUUAUUUGUAACUAAGUAGUAAUAACUAUUGGACCGUGGCACUGCGACUGGCCGUUAAUUCAAUACAUAGAACUUGAUGUUAAAUAUAUUGCAGAUUAUUUUUGUAUUACUUAGCGUUUCAAUUAUUGUAAUUAAAUGUUAAUGUCAUAGUAUCAUGCUAUAAUAACAUGUUUAAAUCUAAGAUCGUUUGCGGACCCGGUAUAUUUGUGGCAAAAUUCGUCUGAUAAUAAUUUGAAAAUCUAGACGAACCAAUGUUGCAUUGGUAAUGCACGUUAUAUGGCAUCUACCAUGCUUGCAAAGAAUACAGUAAGUAAGACCGUCUCACACAAACUUCAAAAUUUUAUUGUUAUGCGCCACAAAUAAUCCUGAUCUGUAACCGCUAAUUUCAUUACUGAAUUUUGAAAUAUACAUAUAAUUAAUAAAUACCUUAACAUAUUGUGGGUCUAUCACUAAAAUAUUUCAUAAUUUCACAUUCUAUAGUCAUGAUUAACAUCAAAGACUUAUUACUGACUACUUAUUACAAUAUUAUAUAAAAUAAUAUCUGGGAUAGGUUUGAUAAUGUAUGUAUAAUUUUAGUUUUUACAUAUUCAUCUAUUUGUCAAAUAAAUUUAGUUGCAAUUAA